CCUUUUCUCUGAUCAUGGUGUAAAGUUUUUCCCUUUGGUUAAUUUUGAAUCUUAGAAUUUGUAUUUGUUAACCCUUCUUUUUGGGCAACGAGAGAAACUCGUACCUGAAGGUGUACACGGGUAAACCCUGCCUUAUUGAUCUUGUUGGCAAACGAUUACAAGGAGGGUAACUUGAUUGGAACUUCUCUCAAAUAUUCAUCUCAGAAGUCUAGGUUUAUUUUUUUCAAGUUUCCAAGAUCCUGUCAAAAGCCAUUCUUUGUAUUUGUUUGAAGAAUGGGAGACCGUUUUCCAUUGCCGGUGGGAUGGUUGCUAACUGAGUCCACCCUAGAAGCUGCUAUUCAGAGUAAAAACCUCUCACAGCGUGCUCCAUCCGCUGAUGUUGAAAAUAUGAGUAGCGGUAUUAGUUCCCAUAGGUUGGAUAUUGAUGUAGGAUCAUCACCAAGGAAAUUGGUAGAGUGUAGGAUUUGCCAUGAUGAAGAUGAAGAUUUAAACAUGGAGAUACCAUGUUCUUGCCGUGGAAGCUUGAAGUAUGUCCACCGCAGAUGUGCACAGCGAUGGUGUAACGAGAAGGGGAACACAAUCUGUGAAAUUUGCCACCAGCAAUUCAAGCCAGGUUUUACAGCGCCGCCUCCUUUAUUUCAUUGUGGUGGGAUUCCAUUGAACUUAAGAGAAAAUUGGUAUAUUUCUGGGAGAGACCUUCACAAUCCUCAAUUCAUAACAGUGGUUUCUACAGAACACAAUUUUAUGGAUCCAGAAUAUGACGAGUAUUCUGGAUACACUCCAAGGAGUUUGAUAUGCUGUCGAGUAGUAGCUAUAAUUUUCAUGCUGCUUCUAAUAUUACGUCAUACUCUACCAAUCAUCAUCUAUGGAGCUGGAGACUACUCAAUUACACUGUUCACAUUAUUGGUGCUGAGAGCUAUUGGAAUUCUAUUGCCGAUAUAUGUCAUGGUAAAGGCUUUUACUGUAAUCAGACGACGGAGAAACACUGAGGAUGAAGAGAAUGAAUUACCGUUGCAGCAACCUCAAUCACGUCUUGGUCAUGUUUACUGACAAUAGCAACCUGUAUCAUCGUUAUGAGCCAACGCCACGAAAAACUUGGAUUGAACUGUGUUUCGGUUAUGCUAAUUCUAGUUUUGGGAUGUGUUUGAAAUCAUCUCAUUGUACAUAUUGGCUUCAGGUGAUGAGCAAUCAGGACACCUUCCUGAAAGAGUCUGAUAUAAAAGCAAAUUCUUCUAAUUUAACAUUGCAGACAUUUCAAUAGAGUGCCCUCUACUUCUUGAUCUUGUCUUGUGAAAUCUAACAUGUUCUUGUACAAGGAAAUAACAUAAUCACUAUU